GUAUGUGCUUUUUGGACUCUUGCAUGAUCCAAAAAGUUGCUCUCUUUUUCUUUCUCUCUCUCUCUCUCUCUCUCUCUCUAUCUUUGCUGAUGGGUUUUUUAUCUGCUUCUCUGUCGGCCAUCGAUUUCUUGAUUGAAUCUUUUAACUAUAUGAAGAUUCAUUAGGAGCUUCUUCUCCUUUUUCUUAUUAUUUUUAUUAUUUGUUUAUGUUUAUUUUAUGGGAUUUUUUUCUUGGAGGUUAUGUGAUUGCAUAAAGCUCUUUUUCUGCUAAAUUUAGCGCAGAAUUUGGAGCAGCUUGGCAUUAGUUACUGAUAUUUUUGGGCUGGAUAAAGUGCAAAGACAAACAGAGAUCAAGAAAAGGAAAACAUAAAUAUUGGUGCUUUUAGUCUUCUAGUGGAUUGAACAGUACUACUGUGGAAAUCCUUGUUUUAGUCUUCAAUUUUGGCGAUUUCUGGUGUAGAAAAAGAAAACCCAUCUAGAUUUUGAGUUCAAAAGAGGUAUAUGUCUGCUUCAAAGUCAAUGAAUUGAGAAGGAUUCUGUUUGUUUGCAGAGAAAAUGCUGGAAAGUUGGGGAUUAAGAAAAACAUGAGGUUAUAAGUGUUAAAAAGAUUCUAAUUUUCUGGUCUUGAAUUCUAAUUUGUUUGUAUCUACGUGAAAAGAUACAAUUUCUCACUACGUGGCAAACAGAGAUUCCUCAAUUUCAGUUUUUUUCGUUGAUCAUUCAUAUAUGCUUCUUUAUCAGGACAAAUCGCCAAAGACAUUAAUAAAAAGAGGGAAAAAAAGUUAAUCAUUUUCUUAUUUUAGUGAAAUGAUUACAUUUAUGGAAGCAAAAGAUAGAGUUAAGGAGGUAGAUAAAUGCUUGGAUUCACAGUUAUGGCAUGCCUGCGCCGGCGGGAUGGUUCAAAUGCCGGCGAUGAACUCAAAAGUCUUCUACUUUCCUCAAGGCCAUGCAGAACACGCCUCUGGUUCAAUAGAUUUCAGGACCUUGCCACGUGUCCCUCCUUAUAUACUCUGCAAAAUCUUAGCCAUUAAAUUCAUGGCUGAUCCUGAAACUGAUGAGGUAUAUGCUAAAAUUAAGUUGGUUCCCGUUAGUGGUAAUGAAGCAAUGGAGGAUGAACAAGAAGGUGUAAUUAAUGGAGGAGGAGAAGGGCAAGAAAGUAAUAAACCAGCUUCAUUUGCAAAGACUUUAACACAAUCUGAUGCUAACAAUGGUGGCGGUUUUUCCGUUCCAAGGUAUUGUGCAGAGACUAUUUUUCCAAGAUUAGAUUAUUCAGCUGAUCCACCUGUUCAAACAAUUCUUGCUAAAGAUGUUCAUGGAGAAACAUGGAAAUUUAGGCAUAUUUAUAGAGGAACACCAAGAAGACAUCUUUUAACAACUGGGUGGAGUACUUUUGUCAAUCAUAAGAAAUUAGUAGCAGGAGAUUCAAUAGUGUUUUUGAGAGCAGAUAAUGGUGAUCUUUGCGUAGGAAUUCGAAGAGCGAAAAGAGGAAUUGGAGGUAGUCCUGAGUCUUCUUGGAAUCCAGCAGGUGGGAAUUGUGUUAUGCCUUAUGGAGGGUUUACUGGUUUUCUUAGAGAAGAGGAUAAUAAGAUAAUGAGAAAUGGAACUUCCGGUAAUGGUAAUGGUUCGAGUGCAAAUGGGAGUUCUAUUUCGAGAGGGAAAGUUAAAAGUGAAGCAGUAAUUGAAGCUGCUAGUCUUGCUGCUAAUGGAAAACCGUUUGAGGUUGUUUAUUAUCCGAGGGCUAGCACUCCUGAGUUUUGUGUAAAAGCUUCUUUAGUUAAAGCAGCAUUGCAGAUCCGGUGGUGUUCAGGGAUGAGGUUUAAAAUGGCUUUUGAAACUGAAGAUUCUUCUAGAAUUAGUUGGUUUAUGGGUACUAUUUCUUCUGUUCAAGUUGCUGAUCCUAUUCGUUGGCCCGAUUCACCAUGGAGGCUUCUCCAGGUAACAUGGGACGAGCCUGAUUUGCUUCAAAAUGUGAAACGUGUAAGCCCGUGGCUAGUGGAAUUGGUAUCGAACAUGCCCACCAUUCAUCUAUCUCCCUUCUCACCGCCAAGGAAGAAGUUGAGACUGCCACAACACCCUGAUUUCCCCCUCGAUGGACAAUUUCCAAUUCCAACGUUUUCCGGCAAUCUCCUUGGGCCCAGCAGCCCCUUUGGUUGUCUACCAGACAACACUACUCCUGCUGGCAUGCAGGGAGCCAGGCAUGCUCAUUAUGGUCUAUCUUUAUCAGAUCUCCACCUUAAUAAACUGCAUACAGGUCUAAUUCCAGCUGGUUUCCCCCCACUACUUGAUCAUACUGCUACACACACUAGAACCUCAAAUGGUCCUAUAAUUCAAAAGCCUAGCAUGAGUGAAAGUGUAUCUUGUGUCCUAACAAUGUCACAUGCUUCUACCCAGCCUUCGAAGAAACGGAAUGAUGCAAAAACACCCCACCUUGUACUUUUUGGUCAACCGAUACUUACCGAGCAGCAAAUCUCUCUUAGCUGCUCUGGUGAUGCUGUGUCCCCAGUCCUUACAGGAAAUAGUUCAUCUGAAGGGAAUUUAAAUAAGACGACAAAUUUUUCGGAUGGCUCUGGGUCUGCUUUUCAUCAACAAGGCCUAUUAGAGCGCUCAUCAUGCGAAGGUUUCCAAUGGUAUAAGGACAAUCGCCAAGAAAAUGAGAUGUCUUUGGAGACUGGUAUCUGCAAAGUCUUCAUGGAAUCAGAGGAUGUCGGUCGCACGCUUGACCUUUCGUUGCUAAGGUCUUAUGAGGAACUGUACCGAAAACUUGCAGAUAUGUUUGGUAUUGAAAAUUCUGAGACAUUGAACAAUGUGCUUUACCGUGACAUUACUGGCUCUGUCAAGCACAUUGGGGAUGAACCAUUCAGUGACUUCAUGAAAACAGCAAGAAGAUUGACAAUUCUAAUGGAUUCAAGCAGUGAUAAUGUAGGAUUGUAGAGAGAAAUAAAAAGUGGUUUCGAAUUGUACAGCUGGCUGAUCGAACCCUUCAUGUUCUUGAGCUGACAUUUUAUCCUUCUUCGACUUGUGGGAGGAGCUACUCUGAUCCAAUUUUUGGAAUUCUAAGCUAAAGUUUGUUUCACUCCAUUUUUGGAAGAAGGAAUAUUUUGAUUUCAAGACUUUGUUUUUAGUAUCACAGUUCAUUAAUCAGCAUUUUGUUGGUAUUGUUUCUUUAGGUUUCUUUGUCUUGCAAAUACAAGUCUUUUGCAGGACAGCAUUUGUAACAAAUGUUUUCUUUUUUGGAAUGCAUUGAAGCCUUUUUGGUAAUAGAAGUUCCCUCAGACAUAAAUGCAAAUGCAAAAAUAAAUAUUUCAACUUUCAGACUGA